AUGAUCUCCCUCGUUGUUCCUCCGGAUCCUCUCCUUCAUUUCCUCAUCUUCCUUUCUCAUCUCGUUUACCUUUGUUUUUGGUUUGUCGACUUUGUUGUGGUUUCGGCUUCCGAGCCUACCACGGUCAUGUUUCAGCGCAUUCGCGAGGCGAUCGAUUCCCGGAUCGCCGAGGAACAAGCCCGCCAGAAAGGUUCCCAGGAUGCACCCACGCGCUCCAACUCCGCCCGGCGCACGACCCGUCCUCUUUCCCCUGGUCGACGACAAGCACGGCCCCGACGCAACACCGGCACUCCCGUUCGCACCCCGGAUCCCAAUGAAUUCGAGGCGGAGUUUGCGAUCGGAGAGGAUGAGGGCUCGAGUCGGUCGGCUACCCCCCGGUUAGAGUCGGGAGGCGGCUCCGAAGGCACUUCGGCGAAGGACGCCGGGGAGGACAAGACAGCUCAGGAGGGAUCGUCGAUUGCGAAGGAGGCACCUGCGACUGAGGGAGUCCAGCUGUCGUCGGAGUUACCGCCCGAGAUUAGGGUGAAGAUACGCCGUCUGGGGAAACUGGAGGCUAGAUAUCAGGAGCUUCUCAAAGCCUACCGCAUGGCCCAUGCGCGAGUCCUGUCCAUCGAACCCUUCGAGAGCGCUCUACGAGAAAAUACACCUCUGACCUCCAUCGGCGACCCGAAAGCUCUCACGGAGUAUCUGAACCAGAUCACAUUGAAAGGAGACAUGGUCAUCGAGGAACUAAAGCGGGUGACAACCGAGCGGGAUGACUACAAGAAGAAAUUUGAGGAAGCACAAAAGUCGACCAAGGAGGCCUGGGACGAAGUCGCUAAUCUCAAAAAGGAGAGAGAGCAGAAAGUCAAGGACGAGAAGGAAGCACCGGCCGCUACCGAGGACAUUCCUGCGGAAGAGGACGAGGCAAAGAAAGAAGAAACCGAAGACUUUUUCUCCUUCGAGAAUGAGCUUCCCCGCUUGGAGAGUGAGCUGAAGGAGAAGCAGGAAGAGGUCGAAACUCUCAAGUCGCAGACGGAAUCUCUCAAGCGUGAUCUGGCCGUGGCCCGUGAGUCAACGGAGGGCAUGGUGCAAAAUCUAGAAUCUGCAACCCGCGAGCUUGUGGAAUUGAGGGAUCAUAAGGACAAACAGGACUCGGAGAUCAAGGAACUCAAGACUACCAAGCAAGCCGAAGUUGAAGAGCUCAAAGCCAAGCUUGCAACAUCUGAGGAUGUGGCGACCAAGGCGGGUGAGGAGCUUGAGAAGCUAAAGACUGAUCUGCAGCAGAAGACAGAUGAGAUCGAGAAACUUCAGGCUCAGGUCUCCCAGUCGACCGACGGUGACCAGCACGCAGCGUUGCAGACAAAAUUGGACGAAGCCACGAAGGUGAAAGACGCCAAUGAGAAAAAACUGGGAGUCCUGCAAGGGCUGGUGGAUAACCUGCGAACCCAGCUCAAGGAUACAGAAGUGAUGGUGUCGGAUCUCAAGACUGACAUGGGCCGCAAAGUGGAGGACCUUGGUAAGCUGCAGAACAUUGUCCAGUUCCUUGACAGCAAUUUGAAAGACAAUGCCGAAUGGCAACAGACCAAAGACCAGGUGACUAGCGGACAGCAGGCCGAUUUUGACCAGUUCAAGAAGAGCUUGGCGCCCUCACAGAAGGUCUCGGAAGGAGUUGCAGCUGUUGCGGAGCCCAAGCCUGAACCUGAGCCUCAGGUACCCAGCUCGACUGGUGGCGCAGGAGGUGGCAAGAAGAAGAAGAACAAGAAGAAGAAGGGCGGCAAGGCUGGAGAAGAUACCAGCAAGGCUACCGAUGCGACUACUCCCUCAGCAACACAGGCGGCGACGGCAGUACCGGACCAGUCCGCUGCGAAAUUGACCGAGCUUGAGCAAAAGAUUGAGUCGCUUACGCACCAACUGGCAGAGAAGGAAGCAUCCAUCGACCGUCUCUGCGCCAAGCUCAAAGGGGAAGAAGACCUGAAAGAGGAGAUUGAAUCCCUCCGUGACGAUAUCCUCAACCUCGGCCAGGACCACGUUGAAGCAAAGGACAGAAUCAAGGAAUUGACUGCCGAGAAGACAGCGUUGGAGGAGACGAUCUCCAAACUGGAGAAAGAACUGACCGACGUUCGAAGCAGCCAUGCUUCCACAAAUGCUGACUCAGAGAAGGUGCAUGACGAAUUAAAAGAGGAGUAUGAGAAUCUCAAGGUCAAAUUCACUGGCCUUGAAACAGAACUCUCCGCCGCUCAGCAAUUGGCCGCGACCAGAUUUAAGGAUUUAACGGAUCUCCGGGAGACCCUGCAAAAAUUGCAGCCGGAGCUGAAGAAUCUACGCGCGGAGUCUGCCGAACUCAAAUCGACACAGGAAGCGCUCACGAGCAAGACAGCUGAACUGCGAAACCUAGAGGGAAAGCAUGACGACCUGCGCACUGAAUUGAAGACUCUCAAAUCGACGAUAUUCGAACGAGAUGCAGAAGUGAAGACGUUGAACCAAAAGAUCAGACAGGAAACCGAUAGUCGCCUCAAGGCCGAGGAGAAUCUGACCGUCGCCCAGUCUGACUUGCGGUAUUCCGAGAGCAAGAAACAAGAGGCCAUUGAGACCAAGCAGAAGCUUGCAGCGGAUCUUUCUGGAGCCCAGGAUGAGCUUAAGAAUGCCCGCGGUCAGCUUCGGGAGAUGGAGGGCAAGGUGACCCAGCUGAACCAGGAUCUGAGCCGCCUGAGGGAGGAAAUCCAACUGAAGACGGCACAGCAUGCCAGUGCGCAGAGCUUGAUGAAUAGCAUGCGCGAUCAGAGCGCCGAACUGGCCAUGCAGAUGAAGGAGGCUCGGGAACGAUGCGAGAGUUUGGAAGAGGAGCUGGCCGAUGCGCAUCGUCUGCUGAACGAGCGGACCCGCGAGGGCGAAACCAUGCGGCGCUUGCUGAACGAUAUUGAGGGUCGCGCCGAGGCCAAGGUCCGCGAUUUCAAGGAGCGGAUGGAGACCGCCAUCGAAGAGCGGGAUCGGGCCGAGGACGAAGCUAGUGCGCAAGGUCGGCGCCGAGCUCGAGAACUCGAGGAACUCAAAACCAAGGUUCGGGAAGCAGAGAAGGCGCUACGCACCGCGGAGGAGGACAAGGAAGAACUGGAGCGUUCUCAGAAGGAUUGGAAGCGCAGACGGGAUCAGCUGGAAGAGGAAUCUGAAAGGUCCGCGAAUGAGCUGAAUGAUGUCCGCGAGGCCAUGGCCCAACUGCGCGAUGCCCUGGAUGAAAGCGAGAAGCAAGUCCGUGAUCUGGAAAAGGAGAGGGCCGAGUUGCGUCGCUCAGUCGAAGAGACAAACAGUCGCUUGGAAAAGCUUCGCAAGUCCAACCGGAUGCUGUCGGAGGAUACCCGUGCGGUUCAGAACCCCCAGUCGUCGCGAUCGUCGAUCGAUUCCGGCUCGAGGAGAGCACUUGCGUCUCCUAUAGCCAAGGACCGCAGUCCGUCGAUCCGACGAAGCGAGACACCCACGGGGGCCGGGGCGCCGAUUGACUACAUCUACCUAAAGAAUGUCCUUCUUCAAUUCCUGGAACAAAAGGACAAGAACUACCAGAAGCAGCUCAUCCCCGUUCUGGGUAUGCUGCUCCACUUCGAUCGGACGGAUGAGCAAAAGUGGAUGGCGGCCAUUACCUCGCGGUAG